GGGCGGGUGCGCGCGCGCGCGUCCUCGUGUCCCGAUUUGGAGCCGUGAACAAUUGGGGAUGGGGCCCAGUAGCCCCUCCCCCCCCGGGCUCCUUUCAAAGUCUGCUCAGGCUAGUAGCUCCCUUCCCCGCGCCGCCCUCUCUAGAGCCGCCGCCUCCUCGACACCCUGAGGCCGCGUAAAUCCAGCUCCUGCUGCUCGGGGUUACAGUGGCGAAAACGACCCUCCCGGCUCUGCUGUCGUUUUGCUGCUCGUGAAGCUCUGAGUCAACUGUUCAUUUUAUUUCAAAAUUGGAGCUUGCCGUCAUGGGGACAGAUGUUCUCGAUUGCACAAUAAACCAACAUUUAGCCAGACCAUUGCCCUCUUGAACAUUUACCGUAACCCUCAAAACUCUUCCCAGUCUGCUGACGGUUUGCGCUGUGCUGUGAGUGAUGUUGAAAUGCAGGAACAUUAUGAUGAAUUCUUUGAGGAGGUCUUCACGGAAAUGGAAGAAAAGUAUGGUGAAGUUGAGGAGAUGAACGUUUGUGAUAAUCUUGGAGAUCAUCUAGUUGGAAAUGUAUAUGUAAAGUUUCGUCGUGAAGAAGAUGCAGAAAAGGCUGUGAUUGAUCUGAACAAUCGCUGGUUUAAUGGUCAGCCAAUUCAUGCUGAGCUUUCACCUGUGACUGACUUCAGAGAAGCUUGUUGCCGUCAGUAUGAAAUGGGAGAGUGUACGCGAGGAGGUUUCUGUAACUUUAUGCAUUUGAAGCCCAUUUCCCGAGAAUUGCGACGUGAAUUAUAUGGACGUCGUCGUAAGAAGCAUAGAUCCAGGUCAAGGUCCCGUGAACGUCGUUCUAGAUCCAGAGAUCGUGGUCGUGGAGGUGGUGGUGGUGGAGGUGGAGGAGGAGGAGGCGGCGGUGGCGGAGGAGGAGGAGGAGGAGGACGGGAACGUGAUAGAAGGCGGUCAAGAGAUCGUGAAAGAUCUGGUCGAUUCUGAGCCAUGCCAUUUUUACUAUUGUGUCUGGUAGAAAGUGUUGUAGUCAAUUGACCAAACAAGUUCCUAAUGAGAUUUUUUUU